AUGGCGCCGCGCCCAACGCUGAAGAGCACUUUGACCCAGGCAUUCCCACCAAAACCCAAGUUCACUGAAAAGGAACUACCAGACCUCAACGGCAAGAUCUAUAUCAUCACGGGCGCCAACACGGGUACUAGGAAAGAACUGACCCGUCUGCUCUAUGCAAAAAGUGCCAAAAUCUACAUGCUAGCCCGUUCAGAAGAAAAGACAAAAUUUGCGAUUGCAGAUAUCCAGAAGACUAUCCCAAAGUCCGCUGGCUCCCUGCACUACAUCAGGCUGGACCUCGCCGAUCUGAGCACCAUAAAUCAGACGGUGCAGCGAUUUUUGGAAUCCGAGACCAAGCUGCACGUCUUAUUCAACAACGCAGGAGUUCUGUCGGGCACGAAGGAGAUGGCACUCACGCCCCAGGGCCACGAGCUUCACACAGGGGUAAACGCCCUCGGCACGUUCCUCCUCUCGCGGCUCCUGACCCCAGUUCUCACCGCGACCGCCCGCUCAGAGCCCGCCAGCACGGUGCGCGUCGUCUGGACAUCGUCGUCGGCAGCGGAGAUGUUCGCCGAGGAGAGGGUCGGCGUCAGGCCCGAGACGCUCAGCCCGGAGGCCCAGGAGCCCAGGAGCGGAAUGCAACGGUGCUGGUACAGCAAGAUCGCCAACUGGGCGCACGCGACGGAGUACGCGCGGCGGCACCAGGCGGAUGGCGUCGUCAGCCUCUCGCUGAACCCGGGGAACCUUCAGUCGGACCUUUACCGCGACCAGGGCUUCUUCUUCCGCAUCGCGGAGAGGCUCUUCAUGUACCCGCAGCUGAACGGGGCGUACACUGAGCUGUACGCGGGGUUGUCCCCUGAUGACAUCAUCUAA